UAAUCUUGAAAAGUAAAUCUGGCAGGUUGGCAACCCUGCCAGAUGAGUACACGUCGUGUCUCGUGACCUGUGUGGAGUAAAGGGUCACGGGUCUAUCAGUUCUCGUGUACCCACAAACCUCCCCCCACCAUUCCUCACGACCAGAGUUGCAGGACUAUCCAGUGUUGCAAGACUCCUCACCGACCGCCCUCCCAGCGACGCAGCCACUGCAAGCAUUCUCCAUCAUGGGCUUCCCACACGCCCUGCUCCUGCAGCAGCACUUCAUGAACUAUCAACUCCUGUAUAACCAAUACCUCAUCCCCAGCCUCCUAUUGUCUCUCAACUUCCCUGGCUCGCCCGACAAAUCUCCUGGCAGGCCACUGGGAGAGGAAAUCGUGCAACAAUUUUUUCGGGACAAAAACAGUACUCAAGGGUGGCCGACAAUGGAGAAAAAAUACAAAUAUUUCCUUCAAGCUACCCAAAAGUUUUCGAAGAAGGAAGAUCUUCGGAUAUCCGUAAUGGCCAACCAACUGGCCCUCGCCCAUCUGAGUCAGGUAGUAAUGGAUCUCCUCGGACCAGCCCACAACUUCUUUGCCACUCACGCUGACCUGCCCUCGAGGCCGCCCCCUUCACUAGAGGAACUGGACACCAUACUCGCAGCUGUGAGAGGAUUUGCAGCCCCCAAAGGCUACUCCAGCAGAGACCAAUAUGCUGCACUCCCAGGACAGUUUCCAUGGCUGGUGAGCAUCCGAGUCUCCAACUCUGAAAUGACCAAACAUCUGUGUGGGGGCACACUUAUCUCCCCUAAUUGGGUAGUUACUGCUGCACACUGCCUCAAUAGUGAGAAGACACCAUCUUUGGAGGUGGUGGCUGGAGAGUUGGAUAUUAACCAUGAGGAGGGGACAGAGCAGAGGUUCAAUGUCACAAAAUUCAUCCAGCAUCCUCAGCAUAUUUACACACAGGGGCCAUACAAUGAUGACAUUGCUCUGUUACACCUUGCCCAGCCUGCAGUCUUCAAUCAGUAUGUCCAGGCCCUGCCUCUGCCUUCCCAACCCAUGCCAGCUUUAACAAAGGGUGUGUGUCAGGAGGCUGGAUGGGGAGCGACGGGAGACAGUGCAUCAAGUAGCAACGUCCUUAUGUAUGCUGAUGUCCCUCUUCUCCCUCGUGACCAAUGCCAAGCCAUUUAUUCAUUUGUGAAUGAGAAUGAAUUCUGUGCUGGAGCAGAAGGUUUUGGAUUCUGUGCAGGUGACAAUGGAGGAUCUCUGGUGUGCAAGACUGUUGACAAAGGCAUCCUGAGUGGAGUCAUGUCUUGGAGGGAGGGUUGUGCCCAGACUGAUAAGCCUGGUGUCUACAUGGACAUUGGCAGGUACCUCCCCUGGAUUCACAACACUACUGGCUUGUAACCUAACUGUUUAAAAAGUGAUCCCCGAGUAACAAGGGGUAACCUUGAACAGCUCACAAGUGAGUGUUUAUGAGUGCCAUUAUUUUAAGAAAGCAGGAGCUCAAACAACACUUGUAUCCCAGUGUUCAUUUAAUAAUGGUUAUAUCAGCAUCUAUGUAAAUCUGACCUUGACUUCCUCUCUCUCAGUAUUGAAGUGUAUUAUACCUAGCACCAGUGAACUGUAAUGUUUAAAGAUCAGGCAAGUCAUUUUUAUUAUGAUAGAACUGCUAAAUAUUAUCAUAAGAUAUUAAUGUUUAUUAAUUUGCAGCUCUAACAGUAAGCAAAAUAAUAUUUUUUUUCAAUAGCAUUACGGUAUUUACAAGUUAUUUUAUUUUAACUACAAUACAGUGAGAGAGGAAAAUGGGAGGCGGUGGUGAACCACUAUAAUUAAAAGUGAUGGCUGCUAUACAGACUGUUGUUCUCUUAAAGCUUCCACAUUGUUGGGUCAACACAACACAACAUUUUCUACUUUGAGGAAUAUCCUGAAACUUAACAGCCUUUCAGUAUUUGAAUACCAUAUAUUUACAUAAAUACUGCAUAAUAUAUACACAAAAAAGCAGAAGACUGUACAAGCAUAUAGCUAACCUUAUUGGAGUGAGAUAGGGAAGAUUGUGCAAAAUAAAAUCAUUUAGAAAUAUUGAUGUAAAACAGUCCUGUAUAUACAUUAUAAUACUGUAAGGUAUCUUUGACUGCAUUUGUCAAACUACACUAAGAUAACCCAAUGCAAUUAUAUUUCUUUCCAAGCUCAGUAAUAGUGAAGAACACAUCCAGCCUUGUUAAAAGUAUCUAUGACAAAUUCUUAGUCAUAUUUAUUGGCUCACAUAAAUAGAAAAUCAAAUAAUAGUUCAUACGUUAUUUUAUACAGGACAAAUUUUUCACUAGUCACAACUUGGUGAAAAUUAUUAUUAAUCUUACUUUCAAAACCAUUCCAAAAACUAAAAUCAGGAGAAAAAAAAAGCUUAAGAGAAGCAAAUAUUUUUUACUGUAUAAUAGAAUCCUCAAUAUCAUUCUGAAGUCAUAAAAAUAAUGGUAUAUACACACACAUAAAUACUGCAUUAACAUGUUUAAUAACUUAACUGACGCUGUACACAGAAACUGUCAGGUUUUGCUAGUGCCUCAUUUUGGUGGGUCAUGUUCCCCAUCACAUGUGUGAAAAAUGUUUUUAUUAUAAGAUGCAUUUUGUGCUUCAUUACUGGGUGGGGAAAUUUUAAAAUAAAUGAGGAAUCUCUAAUUAACAGCAAGAAUGAAGUGACUAAGGUGUAAGAUGAGAGAAGUUAAUGUACAUACAAUUCAAUAACAUGACUUUGUUCCCCAACCAUUUUAAUAAUAUAUAUGGGAAAAAAUGAAAGCAUUUCAUAACAGAUCUCAAGCACAUUUUUUUUUACAUGGCCAAAAUUAUACAAUAAUGUAUACAAAAGCUACAUAAAUUUUCUUUAAAAUUUUAGCAUACAAUUUCCCAGUUUGCAAAGAAAAUAAAUUCCCAUCUUCAUUUCAUCAUUUUGGUAAGGAUUCUGAAUCGCCAAUGAGUAAAUUAAUCAUAAUGUUAAUCUUUAUUCACUGUGUCUUGCUUAAUAUUGUACCUUGUAAAUGACAACACUAAAAAUGGUUUUGGAGAAAAAAAAAAAAAAAGGAAGCCAUUACCAAAGAAGCACCUUGAAUUAGUGGAUUCACAAUAGGACCCACUACAGUACAUUAUUGUGAUUUACAAAAAUAGCCAAUGUAUCCUGCUAUGAACCGAACACUACAAAUACUCGUUAGUUAAUACAGAAUAGUGCCAGGCUCAAAGGAACUCACAAACAUGUAUAAGAAGCUCAAAAAGAAAGAUAAUUUAUUGUAUCAAUUUUCAAGUACUGUAUUACUUAGAAUAUGCACCUUACCAUUAAUUACCACUAAAAUUGAAAAAUAGCAAUAUUCAAACUGGUUUGUACAUGGGGACGAUCAUGAAGAUACUGUACUCAUAAACAAAUAUAUAAAUUAAUAGCAUCAUUUAACCUAACUACCCUAAUUUAGGUACAGUUGGGUUAGGUUCCAACAGUAAAUAUCCGAAAUCCCCCCCCCCCCCAUAUAACCACUAUACAGUAACUAUUUCCAUAAAAGAUU